AUGAUUCAAAAAAGACCCAAGAAAUACGCUUGUCCAAUAGUUGAUUGUCCAAAGCUAUAUUCAAAACCCUGCCAGCUACGAGAACACGUCCGCUCCCACAACAAUGACAGACCGUUUAUAUGUCCGGAACCAGAUUGCGGCAAACGUUUCAAUCGAAUCUGCCAUCUGAAUGUUCACAGAUGGACUCAUACCAAAAACAAGCCUCUGCAAUGUGACGAAUGUUCUAAGCGCUUCACCACCAAACAGCAGCUUUCUAGGCAUAAAAAUACCCACCAAAAAGCUCGCGACAAUGCAUCCGGUAUCCAGGCGCCUGCGAGCUUGCAUGUUAAUGCCUCACAACUUUUCAGCUGCACCUACGACAACUGUAAAGAGAUCUUCAGCACGCAGUGGGGCUUAACGGAGCAUCUACUCGACAGUCAUAUCGUGAGCAUUAUUGCGCCUGAGGAUUUCAAAAUAGAACUGCCGUUCGAAUUCAAUUAUCCCUACACCGGUUUUGACGAUGAGGACAUUCAAGCUUUCUUACGGCAGUGCGAAGACAUAUACAUCAAGGACUACAGUCAGGAGGCUGGUACAUGGGUUGAUUCUCGCUGUAAAUAUGUAGAGUGUGAAGGCUGGACUGCGUCUUCUUAUUCUGAGCUGAUCGAACACUGUGAGGAGGUUCAUAAUGAGGUGCCGGUCUCUUUAUUACAGUAUGGAUUCAAUGAUGGUACGCAACAAAGUAAAAUGAUUCCCUAA